UAUACAAAUAAGAUAUAUUAUCAUUUAUAAUUUUAUAUAUUUCAUGCUAUACUAUGUAAAGAAAAUAUAAACAUAUAAAAGAACUUCGCGCACUUUUUAAUUUUUGGUCGGUAAAUUACCAACGCCAUCUAGUAAUGAAAAAUUUUAACUAAUUGUUAAAAAAUAGAUAACAUUAAUACAUACGCGAAGAAUGUUAUUUAUAUGAAAUCCCUGGAUGGCAUUGUAUUUUUGAAAAAAAUUGUGUGUAUUACAUUUUGUAAAAUAUUUCAAGAAAAAAUUAUUUCAAUUAAUAAGCUUUGUUACAUACAUAUAAAUUUACUUUAUAUUUUACUUAACAUUAUAAAAAUUGUUUUUUUCCUUAUAUAUCCAAGAAUUAAUGACUUAAAGAUUAAAUCUUUUUAAUUAGUAGAUUUUUAAUAAAUAUUAUAACUGUUAUACUUAUUUAAACAUGAAAAAUGUAGAAGUGAAGAAUAACUGAGACGUAUGUAAUUAGUAUAACUAUCUGGUAUAUUUUAUAAUCUUACGAUCGAAAGGUAAGAACACAUGAUAAAUCGUGUGUGCACUUAGUAUUCUUUGUGCGGGCCAACUUAACAUAGCGGAAGUGUUACACUUGCAGCUGUGACCAAAACCUUUCAGUUACGCAAUGGCGAAAGUAAUACGGUGGUACAGAAAAAUUAUUGACCAUUUAAAUAUUAAAUAUUUCAUAAUGUAACUUUAAUAAAAAAUUAAUGAAUGUCGUAUUUAACUACAUUGUUUAUAAAAAAAAGAAUACCGUUUGAAAAUGCGAGGGUAAACGAUACUACAAAAGAAAAUUUAUAAAACUGAACUCUUUUAUUGAUUUUGUUUACCUUUCGUCGAUUUAAAAAUUAAAGAUUUUUAUUUUUAAACAAAAAUGUUUGCGUAACUAUUGAUUAUAAUACGGUCAUUUGAGGAUACGAAAAUAGUUCAAAAUGAGAGCGAAACUUUUCCUGUCUCGUAUGAUACACGUCACGUACACUCAUUUCAAACUGUUUGCAAUUCAACAAGGGAUGCGACACACGUUUCACCAAUGACCACCCUGUCGUUCCUAUAAAUACGAUUGUCAGAACUCAGUCGAAUGUCAGUCCUCCUCUAAACACAUCUGUGAGAUCAUAGAAUUACAUUCAAGUAUAAAAUCAUGGCUAUCAAGUUGACCCUUGUCGUCAUGGCAGCUGGAAUAUUUGCUCUAUGCAACGGAGGAGCUAUUCCAGUACCUAUUGCUCCUAUAGCUCCAGCAACCGAUUAUGAUCCUCAUCCGCAAUACACUUACACUUACGAUGUAAGCGAUAGCUUGACCGGUGAUUCGAAGAGUCAACACGAGAGUAGAAAUGGUGACGUUGUUAGUGGCAGUUACAGCUUAAUCGAAGCUGAUGGUACCAGACGAAUUGUCGAAUACACGGCUGAUCCAAUUAAUGGAUUCAACGCUGUCGUCCACAGGGAACCUAUAGCCCUUAUCAAACCGAUCGUGCCUGUUGCUCCUGUUGCUCCCAUUGCCUACCUUCAUAUUUCCUUCGUUCAACUUAAUGAAGAUACGAAGUUUGCUAUAAAUACUAAGAAGAAAGAAGAUAUCACUGAGAGAUUAGGUGGGGGCGGUAAAGGCGGGUGUUUUGACGUGUUGCGGCUUUUGUUGCAAGGAAUUCUCGCGGGUUAUUGUAUACGGAUGGCACAAAAAUGCGAGUCGCAACCGAGACGUAUAAAAGUGCCACCGAUUUUACCCCGAGACAUCAGUCUUCUGCCGAUUCUCUUGUGGACAAACAUGGCUGGCAAGUUCGUUGUAUUCUUGGGAUUGGCGAUAUUCGGGCAAUGCUCGGUGGUACCUGCGGCGAUACCAGCUGUAGCAACUGUUCCUGCGGCAAAACUGGAGGAAUUUGACGCAACACCACAGUAUAGCUUUGCUUAUGACGUCCAAGACACUCUGACGGGUGACUCGAAGGCUCAGUAUGAAACAAGAAAUGGUGAUAUCGUUCAGGGUAGUUACAGUUUGAUCGAAGCCGACGGAACUCGACGUAUCGUCGAAUACACGGCUGAUCCCGUAAAUGGAUUCAAUGCCGUUGUUAGCAGGGAACCUGUCACUGCUUUAGCUGCUAUCGCCGCACCUUUUGUACCCUAUGCACCCGCUGUGUCACCUUCCGUUGCAGCUGCAUCUGUACCUGCACCUGCUGUACCAACUAUUCCUGCAACUGGUCCGGAUUCGGACGUUGAAGUGGUUGAAGCUAGAACGGGACCUCUAAAGAACGCACCGGCUUCGCGCGAUUUCGAACUGCAACAACAGCAGCGACAACAGCAACUCGAACAGAUACGCCAGCAACAACAACGCCAACAAGAACAACAGCAACAACAGUUGCAGCAGCUGAAACAGAUACAAGAACAGCAACAGCAGGCACGCCGGCAGAUUCAGCAACAAGUCAGACAAAAGCAACAGCAACAAGUACAGCACCAACAAGAAGGUGGUCAGCGAGAAGAACUAAAACAGGAGGAGCAGCAGGAACAGAGAUCUUCACCUGUCAGAGUUCUCGCCAGUCCGGUUCAACUCCGAUUAGGACAGAUUGAAAAUGCUCAACGAGGAUUAGUCCAAUUACCAGCGACAAGAGCUAUCUCUACUUAUCCCACCUACAACGCUUACACGGCAGCAUACUCAUCGCCGUUUGCUUACGCGGCACCUCUUACUGGUCUCACUUAUGCAUCUGCACUCCUCUAAAACAUAUUGCUUAAUCUUGACUUUUAUACGACUUGUCCAUCGAAUGAUAUAUUACUAUUAAAAUUUUAAUAAAUCCCUUGUAAUCUUCUGAAA